AUGGUGAGACUGCGCGCCAACCAAGGAGUUUCUUCUCUGGCCGAGCAGCUGAAACCUAUGAAAGCGGUGAGCAAGAUCCGCGAACUGGACCUUACAAAUUGCAUUCUUCUCGAACCCAACGAAUUGCCUCUGCACAUCGGCAAAUGUACGGGACUCCGAUCCUUGCGGUGCGUCGCCUGCCCGCUCCCGCCGAGCGCCCUGAUCCGUUUAAUGCUGGAACGUCUUCCGCAUCUGAAAGAAGUUGAGUUCUCGCUCGUGGCUGAGACGGGCGUGGACUCGGAAAUAAGGGAGGUGCACCACACCGCGUUGCAAAUGCCAGGCGCCCUAGCUCUCAAUCUCCGCCGAAUGUACGUCGAAGUGAGCGGCGACGUGAACUUCAAGCUCCUCUCGGCGCUCCUGCGCUACUGCCCGAAGUUGGACGACCUGCGUGUUCAUUUCGUGCGCGGAAGCUUCAUGAGCGCGAUCCUGGAAUGUAACGCCAUCCUCAAACAGGGCGUCAAUUUGGAAACAUUCUCAUUCUCUUCCGAUGUGCCAGCCUCCAAUCAACGCCUGCCUUCCGAACCGUUGGAUUUCACGAGCUGCGCAGCCGUCUGCGGCAACGUCACCUACCGGAGGUCGAGCAACAUGUCUAACUGUGUUCUACUAAGAGAUCUCGCUUUCGGCUGCGUUGGUUCUACCAUUCUGCCACAACAGCUGGUCUUGGUUAUCGUCCACCACGCAGAAGGCAUCACGGCUGAAUGGAUUCGCGCGGCCACCCUUGGACACUUCUGGACGAACGUGCGCCAACUCUGUCUUCUGCUAUUUCCGGCACAGCCCUCCUAUGGUGUUUACGCGACGGCGGGCGCCGUGUGCCGCAACAGUCUUCGCGACCUCAUCUCGACCAAGCUCCGGCAGGUCGUCGAGCUUAACAUAAGCGCCUUUCACUUCAGCCCUGACCUCGACUUGACGGCACUGCUCCAGGACGGCUCGCUGGAGCAUCUGCAAUCCUUCUCGGCGACCCCUUGCGGGCUUCGCCGCCCGUCAGCUCUGCGCCGUCUGGCGCAGAACUGCCCGGACUUCAAAGAACUGGACGUGCGCAUUGAUAGGAAGGGUAGCUUCGUUCGGUGCGCCGUCUGCGAAGGUGAAUUCUACCUCGAUCCCAAAGACAUCCCGGCAAUGUACGACGGCACCCCCGUGUUUCACAAUGCGCUUGCCAGGCUGACUCUGAGUGACGUGCAUGGCCGUAUCUCCCUGUGGUUCAUCGAGACCUGUCCAGCGGUUUCGGUGCGGCUGUCAGACUGCCCAAAUCCCUCGUACCCAGACUACCCGUCUCUGGGACAGCUGCUCGCCAGAAACAGCUCGCUGAGUUGUCUCGUGCUUCGGCACGAUGCCCUGCCCUUCGGCGAGGCGUGUCUGCUGGAAAACAUCUCCCGCAUCGCCAGCCUGCAGUACCUGUGCCUUCUGUCGGCGGCGCCAUUACUCGACAAUGCCGCUGAGGUGUCCGUGCUGGCGUUCAGUGCCCGACUGUGGCCUCGCAUAAAGUGUGUACACGUUCAUUACCGAACCCCUGCCGGCGGCACUGAGAAGCGAAUCACUUGGAUGAAGCAGCUUCGCGCUCCAAGAGGUGGCGUCCUGGUUCCAGACGGUCCCUGCUUCCUCCAUUGUUCCACGGCUACGUUCAUAGGACUUGCCAAGCCGCUGAAUCGUGACUUCACAAAGAUCAUCUAGAUGAAGGCACGGCCGACACGUAAUAAAAUUUUAGAUACGCUUAAAGGUGCCUACAAUGACACAACCUAUCCUUU